UUCUCACUGAAUCUGAAAGAAAAAGCUCGCAGAGAUGGAAAAAUGGGGAAGAUUGCUGCUCGUAACAGUAUCUGCGUUAAUCUUUGCUUCUGUGGCGGCAGAUGAUUACGUCAGACCAAAACCUCGUGAAACCUUGCAGUUUCCAUGGAAACAAAAGUCAUCUUCUUUACCCGAGCAGGUGCAUAUCUCAUUGGCUGGAGAUAAACAUAUGCGGGUCACUUGGGUUACGAGUGACAAAUCAUCUCCUUCGUUUGUUGAGUAUGGAACAUCGCCAGGGAAAUACUCCUAUCUUGGUCAAGGAGAAAGCACCUCCUACAGCUAUAUAAUGUAUAGAUCAGGGAAGAUACAUCAUACCGUCAUCGGGCCUUUGGAAGCGGAUACUGUUUAUUAUUACCGUUGUAGUGGAGAAGGACCCGAGUUCCAUCUGAAAACACCACCAGCUCAGUUCCCGAUUACUUUUGCAGUGGCUGGGGAUCUUGGGCAAACUGGUUGGACCAAGUCGACUCUAGAUCAUAUUGAUCAAUGCAUAUAUGCUGUGCAUCUACUUCCCGGGGAUCUUUCUUAUGCUGACUAUAUGCAGCACAAGUGGGACACGUUUGGAGAGCUGGUUCAGCCUCUGGCUAGUGUAAGGCCAUGGAUGGUGACGCAAGGAAACCAUGAGAAAGAGAUCGGUACUCAGAUCAAUACCGUUUGGUUAAAGGCUGAUCUCGCAAAGGUGGACCGAGAAAGAACUCCAUGGCUAAUAGUCCUCUUCCAUGUACCAUGGUAUAACAGUAACAAUGCCCAUCAACAUGAAGGUGAUGAGAUGAUGGCUGAAAUGGAGCCUUUGCUUUAUGCAAGCGGUGUUGAUAUCGUAUUUACUGGUCAUGUCCAUGCUUAUGAACGCACGAAACGUGUCAAUAAUGGUAAAUCAGAUCCAUGUGGUCCCGUACACAUUACCAUAGGGGAUGGAGGAAACAGAGAAGGGCUGGCUCGCAAAUACAAAGAUCCGUCGCCAGAGUGGUCAGUCUUCAGGGAAGCAAGCUUUGGACAUGGUGAGCUUCAGAUGGUGAAUUCAACUCAUGCGCUAUGGACCUGGCAUAGGAACGAUGAUGACGAGCCAACAAGGUCUGAUGAAGUAUGGUUAAACUCCCUUGUGAACUCGGGAUGCUUGAAGAAAAGGCCUCAAGAACUCAGGAAAAUGCUCUUGGAACCUUAAUUAUAUAAUCCAUAAAGUGAGAUUUGCAGUAAAAUAGUCCAUUAAGUAAGUCUAUAUAGAAAGCUACAAGCUUGUUGUGUUAGCAAUGGGACUCUUAAUCACACCAUUGAAGAAGAAUUCUACCAACUCCAUAGAAAAAUCAUAGUUCCAACUUUAAAAUUUUGUAAACUUGCACUUUGUUCUUUCUUGUUUUUCCCAUUAA